AUUAACAUCAGAGCUCUUGCAGAGCCUUAGAGAGAAGGACUGGCACACAGGGAAGAGGGUCAGUGCUGGCAGAGAGUCAUAUGGGACCCAGCAAAGCCAUGGAUUUCCUCCUGCAGCUGGUUCUCUGGCUUCAGCUAGUCCCCUGGACCACCACUCUAGUUGUUUCUGCUUCUACGAGACCUGAUGAGAAAUUUCCCCCUUUCUUCUAUACGCCUCCUAGGCUUUCUCCAAGUAGCAGUGGGAUGGUUUCUCCUGAUCAGUCCUCCCACCCAGAAACCACGUGUAACUUUGGGUGGAACUGUUCCUGGGUUUCAUCUACCAAUGCCUCUGGAAAACCUGACUGGUUGCUGUCUUCAGUUGUUGUUCUGACUUCUCAGGAGCACCAGCAGAUUAUAGAGAACAACUCAUCAAACAGAAAACUAGAAGGGGAAAUUCUUCUCCUAAACACUAGCAGGAUCUCAGACAGGUGCAAGUUCAGCCUCCGCAGCCCACUCCUGCCUUGGAGCUCCAGUUCCUGUCUCUUGGAGUUGGCCGUGCAUUCACAGGGUGUCUCUCUAGGAGCACUCUCUGCUGAAAUGAGACACGUGGACACUAAUCAAAGUGUAGCCAUUCAUCUGCAAGAAAGUCAUGAGCAGGAUGCCUGGGUGAAGUGGAAAGUGCUGGUCGGUUCAGUUGGAGAAAUGGAAAGGCCCUUUGAGAUCACUUUGCUGUAUUCAAGCUGUGAAGAAAAGAGUUCUGGGCUUUUGGCACUGGGCUCUUUGCAUCUCAGAAAUUGCUUUCAUGGCAAAGGAGUUCCACAUAUUUCCCAAUACGAGAAGGGUUCCACUGCCCUAUGCCCACAAGAGGGCUGUGUCAGCAAACUUCAGGUCUGUGAUUUCAGUACCAGUUGCCUCAUCGAAGAAGAAGGUGGAUCCAUCUGUGACCAUCUACCAGAGGGCGCACAUUGUUCUUUUGAGGAAGGUCCCUGUGGCUGGACAUUGGGUGGCAAUGUGAAUUUUUCAUGGUCUAUUCAUGGCUUUUCAAAGAUGCCUGAAGACCCCUUUGGAGCAUCUGCCUUACAUGCUACCAGAGGUCACUUUUUGUAUCUGCGUGUAGACAGCGAGCACACAGAUGGUGUUGCCUGGGAAUAUAGUCCUAGACUCCCAGUCAGUCUUGCAAAUGGAGCCUCCCAGCUCCAAUUCUCAGCCUACAUUUUUGGCAAUUACAAUGGCACCAUCUCACUCAUUGUCCAAGAAGAAGGAGACGGAAUUGGUGCUACGUUGCUGUUGUGGGAAAGAACAGGGAGCUGGAGUGAUCACUGGUAUCUUAUAACCUUGGAAAUGCCAAGACUUCAAAACUACUUUCAGUUGCAGAUCCGGGCCACUUGGGGCUGGAAUUCGCAAGCUGACAUUGCAGUCGACAAUAUUACAUUUGGUCUAGACUGUUCCUCUAAUGGGGAAGCGCCUGCUCCGGGCUGGUUGUUUACAUCCUGCGGGGCCAGUGGGCCUCGAGGGCCAACUCAAGCACAGUGUGACAGUGCCUACCGCAACACCAACAUUUCUGUGACUGUGGAGAAAGAGGGACAGCUACGAGGGGUGCAAGUGUGGAGAGUGCCAGCAUCAAACCGCUAUACGAUUUCUGCAUACGGAGCAGCUGGAGGAAAUGGAGCCAAGAACCACUACAAGCGAUCCUAUGGGGUCUUUAUUUCAGCCAUCUUCAAAAUGGAGAAAGAUGAGCUCCUCUACAUCUUGGUGGGGCAACAAGGGGAAGAUGCCUGUCCGGGGAGCAAUUCUCAGACUGAGCAGAUCUGCCUGGGGGAAUCAUCAGAAAUUGAAGAUGAGUACAAGAAAGAAAGAGGACUGACUGAAUGGGCAGGCGGAGGAGGUGGAGGAGGAGGAGCAACGUACAUCUUUAGACAGCGGAAGAAUGGUGCAUUCGAACCUUUGCUUGUAGCGGCAGGAGGCGGAGGGAAGGCUUACAUGAAAUAUCAGGAUGGCUCCCUGGAUGAUAUGUUCUUGGAACAGUAUGUGAACAGCACAGCAGUCCCUGGAGUCAGUGGGAGGACUGGGGCAGCAGGUGGAGGUGGUGGCUGGGAAGAUAUCACCAAGUUUCCUUGGGCUGGGAAAUCACUUCUGGAGGGUGGAGAAGGUGGCGAGGCCUGCCAGAAAGCUCUAGAGAAACUUCAGUGGGCCACCUCAGGUGGUUUUGGUGGAGGAGGAGGAGCUUGUACAUCUGGUGGAGGAGGUGGAGGCUACAAAGGUGGCCACGCCUCUGAAGCUGAUGACAUCACAGCUGAUGGACGGCAUGGUGUUUCCUUUGUGAAUCCAGCUGGGGAAGUCUUCCUGGGUCCCUUGGCAGUUAUGGAGAGUCAUGGCGAGGUGGAGAUUGAUAUCUACGUGAAUUGCAGCCACUGCCAGUCCGGUAUCUGCAAGCAGGCUCCUGACGCCCAUCUGCCCAUCUGUAUUUGUGCAGUCGGGGCCACCUUGGCCAGUGACAAUGUAUCAUGCACAGUUCUCCGUGAGCCAAUUCCAGAAGGACAACUGCCUCUCUCACUCCUCCUGGCUGUGAUUGCUGUGAUUGUGGUGCUUGGAAUGGCUCUCACUUGCGGCAGCCUAUCGUUCGUUUAUCAUCAUAAGAAGAAGCAGCUUGAAGGGGCCAGGGCCCGUCUCCAAAGCCCAGAAUACAAUCUGAGCAAAAUCCGCACUUCCACUAUCAUGACGGAUUACAACCCCAACUACACCUUUGCAGGAAAGGCAGCCAGUCUCAGUGAACUCAAGGAGAUCCCGCGGAAGAACAUCUCCCUUCUCCGGGCACUUGGACACGGGGCAUUUGGUGAAGUUUACAAAGGGACAGUGGUUGGAAUCACCGGGGAUCCCAGCCCACUACAAGUGGCAAUCAAGACAUUGCCAGAAAUCUGUUCUGAACAGGACGAGAUGGAUUUCCUAAUGGAAGCACUGAUAAUCAGCAAGUUCAAUCACCAGAAUAUUGUGCAGUGUAUUGGGGUGAGCCUGCAGACUUUGCCUCGCUUCAUCCUGUUGGAGCUUAUGACUGGUGGAGAUAUGAAGAGCUUCCUUCGGCAGAACCGGCCUCGGGUGAAUCAGCCAUCCACUUUGGCAAUGCAGGACCUGCUGAAUAUAGCCAGAGACAUUGCUUGUGGUUGCAAGUAUCUCGAGGAGAACCACUUCAUCCAUAGGGAUAUCGCUGCAAGGAACUGCCUUCUGACCUGCACUGGGCCUGGGCGAGUAGCUAAAAUUGGCGACUUUGGAAUGGCCCGGGAUAUCUACAGGGCAAGCUACUACCGCAAAGGGGGGAGAGCCAUGCUCCCAGUCAAGUGGAUGCCUCCAGAGGCUUUCCUGGAAGGAAUAUUCACCUCCAAGACUGACACCUGGUCCUUUGGAGUUCUGCUUUGGGAGAUCUUCUCCCUGGGCUAUAUGCCUUACCCUUGCAAAACCAACCAGGAAGUGCUGGAGUUUGUCACCAGUGGGGGAAGAAUGGAUCCACCCAAGAACUGCCCAGGGCCUGUUUACCGGAUCAUGACGCAGUGUUGGCAGCAUAGUCCUGAGUACCGACCCAACUUCUCGACCAUUCUGGAAAGGAUCAAGUACUGCACACAGGACCCUGAUGUGAUCAAUACAGAGCUGCCCAUUGAAUGCAGCCCAACACCAGAGGAUGAAGGAAGCACUAUGUUGCAUCCAAACAGUUCCACAGGGAAGGUUCCUUUGCUGGGGGAUUCUCCCCUUACCCCACAGGUGAACUUCACAACAUUGGAAGACCAUGAUUCAGGGAACAAAUAUGGGCAGUGUCCACAGGAGCUGCUGGUGGAGAACCUUGGUAACUGGAUAGCCAGAGGAGCUAGCAUGCCUUCCUCCAGUGAUUCCAGCAAUGGGACCCAGAUCCAGAAACUGGAGUCUGCCAGCCAGCCAGCGUACAAGCUGAAGAAUAAAACCAAAAAUCUUUGGAACCCAACUUACGGAUCCUGGGUCCUGGAAGGUGUUUGCCAACCCAGCUCCAAACUCAACACAACGCAAGAGCGGGAAGAUUCAGGGUUUGAUGGGAACUGCAGUUCCUCCCCUAGUUCUCGGGCAUCACCUUCAUGUCCAAGCCAGAACCACUCUCCUCACAUCGAUAUUGGAGGGAUUGAACUGGUGAAGCUGCAGAAUUUCCCAUGUGGCAAUGUGAACUACGCUUACGAUGAUCUCUGCUGCGAAACAGGCAGGCCUUUGCCUUUGGCAGUGGAGCAAACCACAGUUUUGAGGAGUGCCAGCCUGCACAGAGACGGCAAGCUUUCCUUUAAGCCAGAAAAAACGUCAAGGGAGAGAGACUCUGGUCUCUCCUUAUCUGAUGACCUGAGUGUUACGCCUGUAUAACAUAUAACACUUUUUCAAAGAGUUGGGCCUCCACCCUGGGGUUGUGUCUGCAAGAACAAUAAAAAAUGCCAUCCCCCCUCCCUCCCUGUUCUAGGAACAGAUGAAUUAAUGUUGUCUUGCUCUGGCCUCCAGCACAUGCCCAAUGAGUACUUGAGGCUGGUUGGCUCCAAACUACUGGUGUCAAUGGUGGUGGCUGCAGGAUGCAAUGAAGUUCCUGUUGAAAUGAAUGGUGGUCCAUGGAGGUGUUCACAUUCACUCUAUCACCUCCCUGAAAAAUGGUCUCUCCCCUCAUAUGAACUAGGUAUGUUCAUAUGGCAGAACUGUGAGCUACCUAUGUAGGGUGGUGGUCUGCAAAAUGUGGUUUCCAGCUGAUUCACCACUCACAACCAAGCAGGAAAUAAAAUCAGCUGGGUUUGCCUUGGACACAGUAGCUGAAAACAUGUAGUAAGAAUAACAAAGACAGAGAGGAGUCUACGCAAGGAAACAGAGCGAAAGUUAAGAAGGGAUCAGAUCACAACUGCAUUCUUCGGGAAGAGCAUUAAAAACUGAGAAAACUAAAGAAACAAGUGGUUGAGACCAUAUUUUUUUCAUUACUGAAAGAAGUUGCUUUGCACCACAGAAACUAACUAGUUCGGUUAUUGAUACCUGACCUGUGGAGUCUCAGGAGUUAGCCUGCUUUGUCUGCAAUGAACUGGACAUUUCCUUUUAAUGGACUUUGUUUAUGCAGAACUCUGCUCAACGGUAGUAACUCACACCCCAGUAGGAAUACUUUUUUGUAAGCUGGAAAUUUAGGAUACGAUUUUUAUAGAUGUAUAUAAUAUUCAAAGUUCUUCUAAGGUGAAAUGUGACAAAGGCUGUUAACUUGGAGUAAGGCCAACAAGAAGUAUUUUAAUUCUGAA